CUCCAUCACAGCCCUGGGGCGCAGAGUCUUGGCGGCCCCUUUACUUCCUGACACGCUAACCACUUUGGGUGCUACUUGCCGCUGCUCCAAUCAACUUUUGGUCUCGGUGUUUUUCCGAAAGCGAUGAUGUCAAGGUAUAAGUGUAAGAUUGGGGUCCAGUUUACAGCAUUGCCCAAAUGCGCCCGAUAGAUCCAAAGUCAGCUGCAAAAUGGCUAUGUUUAUAAGGUUUAGGUUAAGUACUAGUCUUGGCGCUAUGCUUGAUUCUGACGAUGACGUUGUUGGGCGUAAUUUCCUAGCUCCGACCCUCUAUACCAGUUCAACAUUUUUCUAUUCCAGUAAACCACAUUGAAUAUACUCAACAAACAAAUCCCAAAAAUGGCCGACGAAGAAACAAACGCCCACAAAUACCGCCUGAGGGUAACAGCAGGGCCAGAAUACGACCCGAACACUCACCAAGUGGUCCCCGUAAACGGCGAGACACUUCGAAUCGAAAAUGACCACGCAAUAAUCAGUCUCUGCGUGCGAAUCCAAGAUUACACAGGCUUCCCGGAGGGCUCAGCAUCUACAUGCCCAUAUUUCGAACAUCCACUACACACAAAAGACCAGUACUCAAUAUCCUUCUCAAUAAUCUUCAAAGAACCCGUAAACGGCAACAACCUCGUCUUCGGCAAUGACUUCGACAGGCCAAUCCGCGACAUCCUCCCGCCAGGCUUCAACGCAGCCCUGCGUAUGGUCAAAUGGACCCUCGACCCGAGUCUAGAUGGCGAUGCGUACGCCGAUAGACCGUAUCUGUUUAGUCCGGCACUGGCUACGUUUAACUAUUUCCGGAUUGGCGAAAAGAUGGGGGAAUCGGAUGAGCUGCCGACUCUUCAUAAUGAGGUUGUUGAAGAAGGCGCUGAUGGUGAGGAGGCUACUGAGAUGCGGCGGAUGUUCCCUGAUGCGGAUUCGAGGAAGAAAUUCUUCCAGAAUGAGGCUAAUCGGAAGGAGUUUGAGUUUGAGGCUGGGCGGUUGUAUCUAGUUGAUUUUGGGAAUCCUUAUUUGGCUUUUAGUGAUUUCUCUGUUCGGCUUCCCGGUAUUACUAUCCAUGCUAUGAAGUAUGUGAGUGACAAGGAUCAUGACUUGCGCUAUGUUCUUAAGGAUGCGACAACGGGCCGGGUGUAUCUUGUUGUUAUGUUUACGGUUGUCCUACGUGAUAUCGGGCAGGAUCAAGGGUACACUCAAACCGAUGGCAAGGGCAGCUUGGAGCACUUUGACUGGGAAUCGGAGCCAUCGGCGGCUGAUGUUGAGUGAUAGGC